UCACGACCCCCGCGGGGCGUUUCCCGCCGAUUUCCCCUCAGCGCGGGAGCCGCCAUGGAGCCGCUCCGGCCUUGGCUCGUCCCGUUCCUGCUGCCCGAGCACUGCUUCGACCGAUUCUUCCUCCGCUUCCAGCUCCUCGACGUUCCGUGCCUAAAAAUCCUCCUGAGCAAAGUUCUGGGCUACGGGAUCGUGGCGGGAUCCAUCCUGGUGAAGGUCCCGCAGCUGCUGAAGGUUUGGGGGUCCCUGGGGCCCAACAGCGCCUGGGGGGAGUCGCUCUUCCUCCUGCUGCAGACCCUCACCCUCCUCUUCCUCAUCCUGCACUGCGGGGGCCGCACGGGCCGAGGGCUGGCGCUUGUGGCCGUUUUUGGGGCGUUUGUGGGGAUUUUGGUGUCUCCUGUGACCCCGCUGAGCUUCGUCACUGCCCUGCAGGCCCUGAACCUGCCCAUCAUCAUCCUCAGCAGGCUGAUCCAGAUCGUCACCAACGCCCGGCAGGGCCACACGGGGCAGCUCUCGGGGGUCUCCACGGGGCUCCUGUUUGGGGGGGCCCUGGCCCGAAUCUUCACCUCCCUCACGGAAACCGGGGAUCUCCUUUUAGCCUCGACCUUCGCGGCCUCGGCCACCUGCAACGGGGUCCUGCUGGCCCAGGUGCUGCUUUUGGGGGGCUCCAGGGACCCCCACCCCAAAAAGGAGUGACCCCAAAAUCCCCAGCACCCCAAAAAACCCCAAAAUCGCCCCAAAAAUCCCCUCAAAAUUGCGAUUUUUUAGGGGUUUAAAAAGGGGAUUUUGGGGUUUUAUGCUCUGGGAAUCCCAAAAUCUCACCUGGAAUCACAGCAAGAUUUGAUGGGACCCCCUCAAAAUUCACCUGGGACCCCAAAAAUUCACUUGGGACCCCAAAAUCAUUCGGGGAACCCCUAAUCCCCCCAAAAUUAAGAUUUUUUUUUUUGAUAAAAAGGAUUUUGGGGAGGUUUCCAUGCUCUGGGACCCUCAAAAUCUCCCCUGGGAUGAUCCCAAAUUUUUAUGGGACCCCCCAAAAAUCUUCCCAGGAUUCUCCAAAUCUUCGGGGACCCCAAAAUUUCCCCCCGGGACCCCCCAAAAAACCCCUCGGACCAAGGUGGGGGAGGGGCUGCCCCCCCCCAUGAUGGGAAAUGGGCGUGGCCAGAGCGCCCUUCCCCUUCCCCCCAAUAAAUUUGGGGUCCCCCCAUCCCAGGGGGGUCUCCCCCCCCUUUUUUUGCUCGUUAAUGAAUUAAUUACAGCCGGUAAUUAGCGGUAAUUAGGGUGGGAGGGUGCUGAGGUGGUGAUGGGGUGGGAAAACUCCGCCCUCCAUUCAUAAACCCUGCCCUCCACCCCACCCUCCAUUCAUAAAUCCCACCUUCCGUUCAUAAAUCCCGCCCUCCAUUCAUAAACUCUGCCCUCCAUUCAUAAAUCCCGCCUUCUGUUCAUAAACCCUGCCCGCCAUUCAUAAAUUCCACACGCCAUUCACAAACCACCUUGGCCACGCCCCCAUGGAGCGCUCUCGCUUCUGAUUGGCUGCCGCUCCCGUGACCGUUCCCACGCGUCCUUCCGACCCCAAAACCCCCAAAAUCUCCCCAGAUUCCAACUCCGGGGGG